UGGAUGGUCCACACGUGAACUUGACUCGUCCUGUCCAGUGUUGUUCACGUUGUGACUGCUGUCAUUGCGUAUGACGUUUGACACGUCAUUCGAUGUCAAUAGUAAUUUCAAACACUAAACAACUUUGAGCAACAAAAAUCAUUCAAAAUAUGGAAGCACUUUACCAUCAAACUAAUAAAGUAGUACAAGAAACGCAACACCUGUUUUCACAGUUGGAAAGACAGCCACCGAACUCAGAUGUUCAAGCAGUAGAAAACGACAUUGAAACAAAAAUUAACCUUAUUAAUCGAAAUUGCGAACGACUCGACAUACUAUGUAUGAAGGGACCUAUAUCCCAAAGGCAGGAUGCCAAGAUGAGAGUGGAUCAGCUAAAAUACGACAGUCGUCACCUAACGGCUGCUUUGAACUCGUGGAGGAACCAAAUCUUACGUCGACGGCAGGAAGAAGAGGAAAGGGAAGCUUUGCUGUCUCGAAAAUUCACCUCAAACGAUCAUGUUGAUAUUAUGAUAGACCACAAUUUACAGCACAACAACAGUUUAAAUAACGCUGUGUAUGGUGUAGAUGAUCUAAUUUCUCACGGUUCUGGUAUUUUGGAAAACCUGAGAUCCCAAAGAAUGACUUUGAAAGGAGCGCACAAGCGUCUAAUAGAUAUCGGAAAUACCUUAGGUUUAUCGAAUACGACUAUGAGGCUGAUAGAACAAAGAGCCCGACAGGACGGAUUCGUCUUGAUCGGCGGCAUGAUUUUCACUUGUUUAAUCAUUGUCAUAGUAUUUAUUUAUUUCGUAAAGUAGUUAUUCAGAAUUCGCACUUUAUACAUAUUUUUUAUUCCUUACUUUUUAAUAAAAAAUAUCUAAUGUUAAGCUAUAGGAGGUCCAAUUUUAAAUUUAAUUUAUUUGUUAUUUUUGUACAUAGUUGUUCAAUGCCAGACAUUAGUCUAGCUCGAUUUAUCUGUAACGAUACAUUUUUAUAAUUUAAAAAACAUAUGUUUCAAAUAGAAAUAGAGCUAAUCUCAAUGGGUGAUUUUAAAAUUAAUGGAAAAGAUUAUAUGAAUAAAUAUAUAAAUUAGAA